UAUUUUAAAAAGAACAAAUUUCCUGUUUUCAAAAUUUAAAUUAACAAAGAAUUUGGACAUAAACAAUAAUUCAUACGUCUCAUUUUCUUUCUUGCAGUUUGGCGCUGUUGAACUUUGAUUUGUUGAAUUCUUAAGAAAUCAAAACGAAAAAGUUUUACAUUUUCAACGUGAUUGGUUGGUGGGCAUUAAUUAAAUGAAGCAAUAUGGGAAAUGGCAUGAACAAGGUGUUGCCUGGCCUCUAUGUGGGCAAUUAUCGCGAUUCCAAGGAUCAACAGCAGCUGGACAAGCAUCAGAUCACACAUAUAAUAGCAAUACACGAUAGUCCACGGCGUCUGCUGCCGGACAAACAUUAUCUGUGCGUUAUGGCUGCCGAUACACCAGACCAGAAUUUAUCGCAAUAUUUUUCCGUUUGUAAUGACUUCAUACAUGCCGCACGUUUGCGGGAGGGCAAUGUACUCAUUCACUGUUUGGCUGGUAUGUCACGUUCCGUUACUGUAGCGGUGGCCUAUAUAAUGACCGCCACCAACUUGAGUUGGAAGGAAGCACUGAAAGUUGUGCGCGCUGGACGCGCUGUUGCCAAUCCGAAUAUCGGUUUCCAGACACAGUUGCAAGAAUUCGAAAUGUAUCGUUUGGUUGAGGAACGUAAACGUUUGCGUGAACGUUAUCCUUCUACGGCUUUGGAACAACUGGAUCGAUCAAAGUGCUCGGCGGCAUUGGAUAACUAUCAGGAACUGUUGCAGAAUCGUGAUAUAUGCGAAGGGAAUUGUACGCGUGGCGAAAAAUGUCCAACAGGUGUAUGUAAUAUGGAUCCCUCGAAGGGUCUCUUUCGUCGUCGUCCCUCUUCAGCGUCGACACGUUCUCGUCUGCGCGGUCAACCCACUUCGUCGAGCGCUUCGGCGUCACCCUCAAUAUCCGCCGCGGGUGUCGCCAAUGUAAUUGCUACCAAUUUCGCCCAGUCAUGUCCGACUUCACCGAGUCAUUCGGCAACAACACGACGCUCGCUGGGCGCACAAAAGAUACCCGAGGACGAAGAGGCAAAAAGCCCAACAACACCAACAGGCGCAACAACAGCGGCAACUACAACAAUCGUAACGGCACAAAUCAAUAACACAACUACGACAACCACCAACAACAGCAGUAGUAGUAACACGACCACCACGUUAAAUACACCAAACAACACCACGAACACCACCAACUCUACAAACACCACCAACGCCACCGUAGCGUUGUCGCCGUUAAUAGCGACGGCAAGCAGUUCGAAAGAGGCUGCGGAAUAUACAGCCGCCAUCAAUGAUGCGAAACGUGAACGCGAGGCAAUGCAAAAGUCACCACCAACUGCACGCAUGCGUAACCCGCGAGUAAACAGUGCUGGUGGUCGUUUAAUAAGCGGUUCGGCCAAGGCGCGUGCUGCUGCCUCUGCAGCGGUGGCAGCACAACAAGACGAUAUGGGCAAGUGCACGGCAACGAGAAGUGUCAGUGGUGGUGCUGGUGGUGCUGGCGGUAGUGGUAGUGGAACCACAAAUGGACAAGCCCCACUACAACGCAGCGCCAGCACUGUAAGCGGGCUGGCGGUGCGGCCGUACAGCAGCCCGGCUGGCUUGCAUGCCUACACUGGCAAAGUGCCCGGCUCGGUGCCAUCGUCCGUCCAUGGCUCGCGCGUGGAUCUGCGCGAUCCCGAUAAAGGUUCGGCAAUUUAUUUGGGUUGCUCGGCGCCGCGCAACUCUACACUAUCGCUUUCGUCGCGCACAUCUUCGGGUAGCUCGGCGCCGCCAUCGCCUGUGCGCACGCCGCCAGUUAGUCCGCGACACGGUGUGCGGAGGGCUGCUACAGUCGUUAAAAAGCAACAACAACAACAGCAGAAGAGGUGAAAUAACUGUAAGGCCUAACAAUGGCGCAACGCAAGGAUAAAAAUUGGUUCAAUCAAUAUGCUGUACACCUAGUGAAAUGCGAAAAUCAGCUCUGCGUAGCUUUACCGAUUUACUAUAUUUUAAAGAUAUAUGUAAUAAGUGUGUUGUACAUACAUAUAUACAUAUAUAUACAUAGCAUACUGAAACAUAAUUCGGGGUGCAUAGCAAACUAAAGGCUUCGUAUUAGGUUCCUUAAAUUUUAUGCCUAAAGCCAAAGCGAUUUUCUUUAUUGCUAUUUAGAUAAAUAACGGAUUCCUGGAACAUUGUUAAUUGACUAUUGGCUUCAGAGCAACCAAUAGUGCAUUUUUCGUGCGCUUAGCUUGUAUUUAGCAUAGAAUUUUCUGAAACUCAAAGCAAUUAAACGUGUGUAUGUAUGCAUAUAUUUACCUAUAACAGUAGAAAUAAGUACAUACAUACAUA